ACGAUCGGCGUGCGAACACAGCCAUGCCAUUACACUGUUUGCAUUACAGUCAGCUAGCAGCAGCAGCAGCAGCAGCAGUAGCAGCUGCUCGAAAACUCAACAGCGCCCUAGCGACAGCGACGCGGUUAGUGUGAAAGUUAGUGCGCGUUUGUUUGUGUGUGUGUGUGCCAUUGGUAUCCCUACGCUCAGGUGAAACUGCAGUCGAAUAUCCUGAGCGUUUUUGGGAGGCGCAAAGCUAGGUCAAAUUCGUUCCAUCAAAAGCCAAAACCUCCAACAAUGUGUUGCCUUCAGCGUCUGGUAGACACGAGUCCGCUGCUGCAGCAGGCAACGUCGGGUGUCGCGCUGCUGGCCGACACAAAACAGGAGCAGGUGCGUGCCCCGGCUGCCGGCAGCCAUCCGGACCCGCAACCAGCAAGCGAGCAGCAGCUGCACCAGGACGUGCUCGGGGCGGCCACGCGGGCAACGCGCUCCCUGCUGCAGCGUCUUCGCGAUCAAGCGCACCGCCUGCAGCGCAGCCCACUGUACAAGAUACUGACAGGCACGACGCAACCGAGUCACGCAAUAUCGGCGAUCGUGGUGUCGAUGGUGCUGGUUGCCCUCUGGCCCAACCUGAUCAGCGGGCAGGGUGCGACGUGUGAGCGCAGCCGACCGGACGCUGGAGACGGUGGCCGCAGCCAUCCCUUGACGCAGAUUGCCUACCUCGGGUCCUUUACCAUCCACUUUGGUGCGCAAAUAUGGAUGACAUUCGUGUCGGGGCUAGCGCUGUACUUUUCCCUGCCACGCCACACGUUCGGCCUGAUCCAGGAGGUGCUGUUUCCGAAGUACUUCACGCUCGGCACCGGCCUGAGCACGAUCAGCCUGGUCAGCUUCGUCGAGCUGCGGCGCAGCACCCGGCCGGAGCUGGCCGACCGCCACUUGGCGCACUGGGAUCCGGUCGAUCUGCUGCAGAUUGUGGCGCUCGCAGUGACGGCCGCGCUCGAGCUGUUCGUGCGGCUGUACCUAGCCCCGCCGAUGCUGCGCCUGAUGCACGAGAAGCACCGCAUCGAGGCGGGCGCCAGCAUCGGGCAGGAGGUGGGCCAGUUCGACGGGGCGGGCAACGGCUACCUGGAGCGCUCCCGCCACUACAAAGCGACGCACAAGAAGUUCCGCCAGAUACACAUGGCCACCGCCAUCCUCAACAUGGUGUCGCUGACGUGCACGUGCGUGCAUCUGCUCUACCUCGCAACACGUGUGACCGUUUGAAGCACGCCAACGUCGUGCGUGUGUGCGUGCGUGUGUGGGUGUGUGUGUGUGUGUGUGUGUGUGUGAACCAACAAUCAACCAUAUGAUUAUUUCCCUUCUGCUAGUGUUGUAAGCAUAUUUAUUUCUCCACUCACUGGAUGCGCGCAAGCACCAAUGAGAGACCCCGCUCCAUCCUCUCCCACCACUCGCUACCACUGAUCUCCACUCUGCGAAAAUUUAAUCUCAGACUAGGACGCGGUUGCGCACGGAGAGGGCAACCGGUAGGAUUAGCAAUCGCAAUCAGUGAUAGGCGGCUGUGCGCGCUGUCUGUCUGCCUGCUUCAAAACCCACCCGCGGACUUCGCGGACACACUUCCGCCAUUAUGCGAAAAGGCUGACGCGCACACACACAAACACACAGAAAGUAACACACAGUAUUGUUUCGUGAAGCGCACGAAGACGGUGCCGAAACUGUGAUCAGCUCGCUCAGCAACAGCGGCCAAACCCAAUGCAGUGCCAUACGGAAAAUAUACGGUCGAAACAACGACGCUUCUCAA